GGAUAUGGGAACAGAUAUGCCUAUUGUGAACAGGUUUUAGUCAUUAUCUACUGGAAUUCAAAAUAUGUACACAUCCUUCCAUCGCGUCUUCUACCUCCUUACGGUUUCAAUCAUCUGUUUUCAUGGUGGGACCCUGGUAAGAGCGCUUGAUUGCACUAAAGCGAAGCAAGAAUGGAUGAGACUACGGUAUAUGUCUAAUAUGGAAAAUGCAUUAGACUCUAUCUCUCGGGAAUCAGGCGCAGCUAACAUAUGCCCGAUUUCAACUGGUCCCUCUUGUUGCAACCAGCAAAUGGAACAAAACAUGCUGGUCUUCGGACGUCGGUACCUUGUGGACCUGGCUAGUUCACAGUUGCUGAAAGUGUCAGAUCAGAUGAGUAAUGACAGUGUGGCUCUGCAACAUUUCUUUCUAUCGGAUUUGGAGCGAGCCCAGGAUCGGUUACAUCAAUUUUUCAGCCGCAUCUAUGGAUAUAACUACAAACUUCACCAUCGUUUUUUCUUCCAAUUUUUUGCCGACUUAAAAGCGUACGUUACUGGAGAGCGUGGUCAAUUGGAUCACUUGAUCGACAACUUUUUUAAUCAAUUACGUGACAGCAUUGUCAGCUUGAUCGAGCGUUCCGGACAAGUACAGCGGAGCUCGUCAUUCCACGGAGCGAGCAGCGAUCUCGCUAACAACUUAAGGUCUUCUGUACCAGGAAAUCCUGUGUCAUCGGCCGACUUUAGUCCCGCCUUUGACGACAAUGUGUCGGAUGAAGCGGGAGAAACGCGUCGUAUCCGGUGUUUGUCAGAGCGCAUGGCCCAACUCAGACCAUUCGAUGACGUUGACGUGCGCUUGAAAGCACGCAUUAUGGAGGCCUAUCCACCGGCACGUAUGUUGGUCAAUGUUUUGUCCGUAACCGGCCGUCUGCUCGUUCAUCUACUUAAGCAGGUGAGCGACAGACCCGAAUGCACCAUUGGUAUCACACGAUUUCGGUUCUGCGCCCUUUGUGCCGGGAAGCCAAUGUCUUACACUUGCCCUGAGAGUUGUGGGAAGUUACUUUCUUCCUGCCUCAGUGUGAACGGACCAGAAAAUGCCCAGAUCAAUUUUAUCUGGCCACGUUUGAUCGAUGCAAUCCUUGUGGCUACCGUACGUUUGGAACGCUCAUUUAACUUCCCCGCUGUUAACCGACAUUUGCAAAUGGACAUAUCGGAGGCCAUUACAAGCUUACAAACGCGAUAUGAGCAGACAAAGUCGAAAUUUCAGUCGGAAUGCAGACUGGGGCUUUCUGGUCGCACUGUUCCUGCGCUAUUCAGCUCUGCCAGUUCAACCAAUCGCCUUCCCCACGCAAGAAUGCAGUCGCCACCGUCGUCAGUCUGGCCCCUCAAUACUGGAGGCUUUCGAGGGAAUCGUCUACGACGGUCUGCUCCUUCUCUUGCUUCCCCCGAACUGCUGGAUUGGCAAACGCGACGCCAACUCCCCACUGGGAGCUCGGCAAACUUCGGAUUACGUCCGCCGGAAUACGGUGCCACAAGCCCUCCACACGCUUAUGAUCAGGGUAUUAAUGGAUAUGCUUUUGAUUCCGACCGGGGAACUUCUCCCAGUAAAGUGGUACCCGAUCCACCGGAGAAUCUAAUGCGUUGGGCUGCCCAGCUUAAACGUUCAUAUUCGUCUCUGAGCGAUCUGUUUGCAUCGCCCGAAUCCAACUUUUGCACGGCUCGUAUGCACCCAACUGCUAUAAAUACCAGCAGCACCGCGGAAUGUUGGAAUCCACCAGAGUUAUCGAACCCGAACGCAGACCGAGGAUUGACAGAAACUGUACAAAUGUUGGGUCUGGCAGCCGAGAGGUUACAAAUAGCCUCAAGCAAUAACGGGGAUCCUGAGACUUUGGCGUUACGUUUGCCUCCUGUAGAGCCGAAGCCAGUGAAUCUCCGUGUCGCAUCCUUGACGCCCUCGUCUAACGAGCAUUUUCGGUCGCAAGCUAGCCCAUCUUUUUCCGCACAAAAUCGGUGGAACGUCAACCAACAGUCAGGACCAUACGGCUUUCUUGAACCUAGCGUUGAGCAAGACGAACCACUUGGCAGUGGAGUGGGACCGGCGCCUGGCGAACGGGAAGAUUUAUAUGAAAGUGAACUUCAGCGACCAAUCUCUAAUAUUGAACAGCCGUCACAUGCGUCACUUGGUUCUCUCGGAGGCCGAGCUUCAGAUGCGUCGGGCGAGUUCGGUCGUUAUCAACCGUAUAAAACUCCGAAUGCGAACCAAUGGCCAAUCAAUGCACCAAACAAUAUAGCUAGUGCUACUGACGCAGAAUAUGGGGAACUAGCUGUUACACGCGAGCCGUCGCAGCCAUUGAUCGAGAUGGCUGUGGAUCAAACCACGUCCCCAAUUCUUCGCGAUAUUCCGUCCCCAGCUACUACAACUUACAAAACAGUAUCAGAGCCGACCAAUACCACAACAACUACUGUGGAAGUAACGGAGCAAAUUACUACCAGCUUCUCAACCUCUACGGCCACAGCCCCCACCUCUGACCCACCGUCUGUGCAAACAUCCGAGACCAAAUCACCUCAGCUCGGCCCUUUAGGAAAAGUCACUAACGCACCUUAUGCGCCGUCUACCAUUUCGGUCCACGAGCCCAAUUGGCAACUCAACUUACCCGAAGCGCAACAACCUGUUUAUGGUGGUCUACCGGAUGACGAGGAUAGCAAUAGAAGACCAGGACUAGAUAAUGCUGUGUUCCCCUUACAAUCAACCACACCAUCCCCACCAUGGAGUGAACAACAGUCGUCUUGGUCGGGGGGAGUUCAGCCAAACCCCUAUCAGGGAAACUGGUGGGAAGACCCCUAUGUUGGAGGUAGCGGCUUCCCGAUGCCCGGUCAGGUGCCUUUUAACAAGCCGAGUCACGGACCUCCACCAGAGAAGCUGAAUCAACCUGACUCCGGAGCACCUCCGCCUUAUUUCCCCCCGGGGAGCGGGCAGCUGCCGUUCCAACCGACGCCAGAACGAUCGUCUGACAACUUUCCUUCGCAACCAGACAGGACCUUCGAGAAUCAACCCCCAAGAUGGCCCAAUCCCGCGUUUCAAGGUGGCGUUACACCGGAUACCGAGUGGGCAGAUAGCAAGCCUGUUGGAACUAUGGAGCGCGUAUCCGACUGGCAGGAGAGUCUUCAGGGCAGUGGUAUUCCUGACCCAUCGAGAUUCGUACCCACACAUGUCCAACCAAGUCCCGCUACGGACACUUCCCCCCAACCCCCGAUCAACAUACCUGCGAUCAGAACACAGUCGCCGAUAUUAUACCCGCCACUGCCACCACCAGAGGUUUGGGUUCCCGCUCAGAUAGGACCCGGCCAAUCUGUACCAUCCGUCCUGCUCGUUAGAGAGUAUAAUUUGCAAGGCCCCUUGUAUGGCUCAGAAACUGUACCCUCUCAAACGGGCCGCUGCUCUCUCCCCUACAAUGUCUGCGGAUUCACAACGCUGAUACUCCUUGCUGUGUUACACUGCUUACUCUACGCAUUAUUCUAAUCGACUUCGCAUACUACAUGUACAUACUCUUACCUGCCCGCUUUAUUCAUCGAAGCUAAUGUACAUGGAACAUUACGCAUUGUUGUACCUCAUGGAAAAUGCUUUUUCUUCAUAUCCUUGCUAGUCCCUUUAGCCCUCAUCAAAAGCACCCGACGCCAUACUGUCACUCCCUUCUGAAUACAUUUCGCCACUAUAUC